UUGAUCAUUGGUUCUAGAAUAAACUUUUAAGGUUAACUCUCAAUGAGGAACUCUUAAAAUCCAAAAGUUCUGAGUCAAAAAUUAUGAAUUAAAGAUCAAGAGUUAAGCUGGUUUUUAAUAAACAUAUAUAGUGAACUCUCAAUGAUGAACUUUUUUAAUCCAAAACUUAUAAACCGAUAAUUUUAAAUCAAAAAGCAAGAGUAAAUGGUUCUUUUAUCAGAAGAUUGAUAAUCUUUCAAACCAAACCAAACCAAAAUCAAGAAAACUAAAUUUUCCAUUCCUGGCUCAUAUUUUAACUUUUUUGUUUGCUUGAGAUCAAAACUUGUGAAUUGUGAAUUUCGGGAUCAAGCAGUUACCUGUAUCUUAUGUUUAAUCAUACGGAUUAGAUUCAUUCCUCUUGGAUAUCUCGUGGUUGGUUACCCUCCAGUGCUAACUAGAAGUAAGGGAUCAAGCGUGGAGGAUUAGCGCUAUUUCAAAAGUUUAGACCACUGAACAAGUGAUUGCGCUACAUCAUUAUGAUUUCAAUAUUAGCAAUUUAUCUAUUUUGUGAUUAUGUUGGAUCUUCAUCUCAACUCUCACACAUUUACUCAAGCAUUCACGAGAGUAAAGAGAUCUCAAUAGAACAUGGGAUUAUAGACGCUGAUAAUAAUGCCACAGACCUUAACCAUCCAGUGGUUCUAUUCAAGCUUGUCAGUAAGUUGUACAGGAUGAAUGUGCUCUCAGGAGUUGAUCUGCUAGGUGCAGCAGCAGGGAUUAUUAAUCUGCUUAAAACUUACAAUAUUAGCAAAGCUGAACUGGAGGAAGUAGGAGAACUGAAGGAAGAUCACAAGUUUGAUGACGAGGAUGAUCUUCUUCUUCUUCAAGUUCAACAACUAUUAGAAGAACAAGAUGGAGAAGAUGUUGACAAUAAUUUUCCUUCUUUAGAGGAUUCUUGUGGUGAACAUUUAACCAUAUUUACUGGAGAUCAAUAUUGCUAUAUCGAAAAUGACAUUAAAAACCUUUUCAUCCAGGUUGAAGUUUUAAGCUCAAAUCCAUCAAUAAAACUUUAUCAUCAAGUGUAUUCACAACAUGAGGUCAACAAUAUUCUUUCUAUAGUACGGAAAAGACCGCUGACCCACAUGUAUGAAAUUUAUGAAGAGUAUUUAAGAGAUCUUCCGGUUAACAAGGUUUACCAAUCUUUAUUUUUCCAUUCGAAGGAAAUAAAUCCACGAGAAGUUGAUGAUUUUAUAAAAACGCGGCAUUUUGGGCGGGAAGGCAAGAUCGUCUUCCCUGAAAACUCUUCAGCUGAUGUUGAGAUGAUUGAGCGGAAACUUGUUAAAUUCAACAUAAUAACUCCAGAACAAAGAAACAAAGCAAAUUUACAGAUUGGUACAUAUGGUAUUGGGGGAUAUCUCACUCCUCAUUUUGACACUUUUAGACAGCCUGGAGAUCAGAUUGACACAGAUGCUGGUUUUGAAGAAUGGCGGGAAACUGUGAUGGGAUUCUUGAGCACUGUUCCUCACGGGGGAAAAACUGUUUUUCCCAGACUUGGCCUGCAGAUAAAGCCAAGAGCUGGAGAUGUCCUGGUUUGGACAAAUAUAGAUCAACAUAAUCAGAUUUACCUUAAUUCACUUCAUGCUGGCUGUCCUGUUGUAUACGGAGAGAAAUGGGUCUUUAACAAGUCCGUUCUUUAAUAGAGACUAGAUACCCCUGAUAUCAUAUUUGUGAAAUGAAAAUAUAAAUUUUGUUCUCUUUAUUUUUCUUCAUUAGCCUUCAUCCUGUAUCUCCUACAGGGUUACACACAAAGAAUGAGAAUUUAAUGACUACCGGAAAUUAUUAAAAUUUGUUUGAUUUUGUUAUCUACAG